UGAGCCGCGCACUUCAGAGAUGGCCCCUUGGCUGGGGAGGAGGCGGCGGCGGCGGCUGCCGCUACUGCUUCUCCACCUCCGGCGCCGCUGCCUCCACCUCCUUCUCCCGGGCCUCCUGCUGCUACUGCUGCCGCCCCUGCCACCUCUCUGCAGCGCCUUCAACCUGGAUGUGGAGAGUCCCGCCGAGUAUUCUGGCCCGGAGGGAAGUUACUUCGGCUUUGCGGUGGAUUUCUUCGCUCCAGACCCUUCCUCGAUGUUCCUUCUGGUUGGAGCUCCCAAAGCAAACACUACCCAACCUGGCAUUGUAGAAGGAGGACAAGUGCUCAAGUGCAGCUGGUCUUCUAAUCGAGUAUGCCAGCCAGUGGAAUUUGACUCAACAGGCAAUAGAGAUUAUGCCAAGAAUGAUCCAUUGGAGUUUAAGUCUCACCAGUGGUUUGGAGCUUCCGUGAGAGCUAAACAGAAUAAAAUUUUGGCCUGUGCUCCAUUGUAUCAUUGGAGGACUGAACUGAAACAAGAGAGAGAACCUGUUGGAACAUGCUUUCUACAAGAUGGAACAAAGACUGUUGAGUAUGCUCCCUGCCGGUCAAAAAAUAUUGAUGCUGAUGGACAAGGAUUUUGUCAAGGUGGAUUCAGCAUUGAUUUUACGAAGGCAGACAGAGUACUUCUGGGAGGUCCUGGCAGUUUUUAUUGGCAAGGUCAGCUCAUUUCUGAUCAAGUGGCAGAAAUUGUGUCUAAAUAUGACCCCCGUGUAUACAGCAUCAAAUACAAUAACCAAUUAGCAACUCGGACAGCUCAGGCUGUUUUUGAUGACAGCUACCUAGGCUACUCCGUGGCUGUUGGGGACUUCAAUGAUGAUGGCAUAGAAGACUUUGUUUCUGGAGUCCCGAGAGCUGCAAGGACAUUGGGAAUGGUUUAUAUUUAUGAUGGAAAAAAUAUGUCUUCUUUGUAUAAUUUUACUGGAGAACAGAUGGCUGCAUAUUUUGGAUUUUCUGUAGCUGCCACUGACAUUAAUGGGGAUAAUUAUGCAGAUGUGUUUAUUGGAGCUCCUCUCUUCAUGGAUCGUGGGUCUGAUGGCAAACUUCAGGAAGUGGGUCAGGUCUCCAUAUGCCUGCAGCAAGCUUCAGGAGGUUUUCAGAUCAUAAAACUGAAUGGCUUUGAGAUCUUUGCCAGAUUUGGUAGUGCUAUUGCCCCUCUGGGAGAUCUUGACCAGGAUGGCUUCAAUGAUGUUGCAAUUGCUGCCCCCUAUGGGGGAGAGGACAAACAAGGGAUUGUUUAUAUCUACAAUGGAAGAACCACAGGCUUAAAUUCAGUGCCAUCUCAAAUCUUAGAAGGACAAUGGGCUGCCCAGGCUAUGCCACCAAGUUUUGGGUACUCAUUGAAAGGAGCCACAGAUAUAGAUCAAAAUGGAUACCCAGAUUUAAUUGUAGGUGCUUUUGGUGUGGACCGAGCUGUUUUAUAUAGAGCCAGGCCAGUUAUCACUGUAAAUGCAGGCCUAGAAGUUUACCCCACUAUUCUAAAUCAAGACAGUAAGACCUGUCCACUCCCUGGCACAGAUGUCAAAGUUUCCUGUUUUAACGUGAGAUUCUGCUUAAAGGCUGAUGGCAAAGGGAGGCUUCCGGAGAAGCUGAAUUUCCAGGUUGAACUUCUUUUAGAUAAACUGAAGCAAAAAGGAGCCAUUCGGAGAGCCCUCUUUCUCCAUAACAAAUCACCUGGACACUCAAAGAACAUGAGUAUUUCAAAGGGUGGUCAGAUGCAAUGUGAGGAGCUUACAGCAUAUCUACGGGAUGAAUCUGAAUUUAGAGAUAAGCUCACUCCAAUUACUAUUUUUAUGGAAUAUCGAUUAGAUUACAAGACUGCAGCUGAUGUAACCGGAUUGCAACCUAUUCUUAACCAGUUUACUCCUGCCAAUAUUAGUCGACAGGCUCACAUUCUAUUGGACUGUGGUGAAGACAAUGUCUGCAAACCCAAACUGGAAGUGUCUGUACAUAGUGAUCAAAAGAAGAUCUAUAUUGGUGAUGACAACCCUCUGACACUGAUUGUUAAUGCCCAGAAUCUAGGGGAAGGAGCCUAUGAGGCUGAACUCAUUGUGUCCAUUCCACCUCAGGCAGAUUUCAUUGGUGGUGUCCGUAACAGUGAAACUUUAUCAAGGCUGUCCUGUGCAUUUAAGACAGAGAAUCAAACACGCCAGGUGGUAUGUGACCUUGGAAAUCCCAUGAAGGCUGGAACUAAACUUUUAGCUGGUCUUCGUUUCAGUGUGCACCAGCAGUCAGAGAUAGAUACUUCUGUGAAGUUUGAUUUACAGAUCCAGAGUUCUAAUCUGUAUGACAAAGUGAGUCCAAUGAUAUCUUACCAAGUUGACCUUGCCAUUUCUGCUGCUGUUGAGAUAAGAGGAGUCUCAAGCCCUGAUCAUGUCUUCCUUCCUAUUCCAAACUGGGAGCAUAAGGAGAAUCCACAGACUGAAGAGGAUGUUGGGCCUGUUGUGCAACACAUCUAUGAGCUGAGAAACAAUGGUCCAAGUUCAUUCAGCAAGGCGAUGCUAAAUCUUCAGUGGCCUUACAAGUAUAAAAACAACACUUUGCUAUAUAUCCUUCAUUAUGAAGUUGAUGGACCAAUGAACUGUACUUCAGAUACGGAGAUUAACCCAUUGAAAAUCAAGAUUUCAACUCCUCAGAUAGAUGAAAAAAAUGAAACAAACUUAGGACAAGGUGACCGGAGUCAUCACAUCACUCGACGGGAUUUAUCUCCCAAUGAAGGGGAUGUACACACUUUGGGAUGUGGGACUGCUGAAUGCUUGAAGAUUGUCUGUCAGGUUGGUCGCCUUGACAGGGGAAAGAGUGUGAUCCUAUAUGUAAAGUCUCUGCUGUGGACUGAGACAUUCAUGAAUAAGGAAAAUCAGAAUCAUUCAUACUCACUGAAGUCAUCAGCUUCAUUCAGUGUCAUAGAAUUUCCCUACAAGAACCUCCCUAUUGAUGAUAUCCACAACUCUACAUUAGUUACCACUAAUAUUACCUGGGGUAUUCAGCCAUCACCCAUGCCAGUGCCUUUAUGGGUGAUCAUUUUAGCAGUUCUUGCUGGAUUAUUGUUAUUGGCUGUUCUGGUCUUUGUAAUGUACAGGAUGGGGUUUUUUAAACGGGUCAGACCACCUCAGGAAGAACAAGAAAGAGAACAACUUCAACCUCAUGAAAAUGGUGAAGGGACUUCAGAUGCUUAACAACUUUUAAUUUAUGCAACAUACUUAAACUUUAGAAUUGCCAACUUCAUUAUGGAUUUCAGUUUCUCUGAAGAGGAAUAAACACUCCAUGACUGCACUGCUGAUCACACCCUUUGGCAUAGAUGAAUAGCCAUAAACAACUAAAUGAGACAAUGAGUCAGCCAUCUUUUGUAUUAACCAUGUUCCUAAUCCAACUAGUAAUGCACAUGCACUGACAUGUGUGGAAAUCGUAAGUAUUGUUUAAUGAUUUUGAUAAUCAGAUUUCAAGAGAAUGUGCCCUGUUUGAUGAACAUCAGACUGAUGUUUCUUGAAUUGCCACUUGGAUUUAAUGAAAAUCUUAAAACCAGCAGCUUUUGUAGUUACUGUUUCUAACAAUGGUUUUGUUUUUUAUUUUUCUCUUUAAGACAAGACUUUAUUUGGGCCUUAGCGUCCUAUUCUUUUGUACAGAUUCAUACUGUUAAUAAGCAUUACACUACAGGUGAUUUCCAAGCUUGAAUUCCUUUUUAGUAUUUUACUAUCUAUGUGACUCCAUCAGUCAUCUUUCUAGAGACCAUAAAUGAACUAGCUAUAAAUGUAGCAGUCAGAAUCACUAAAAUAUGUUUGAGCCUUCUGUUUUUUAUUGCAUUUAAUUUUUUAAAAAUCGCUUUUGUUUCAAGGACAAACACUUUAGUCAGUCAGUCUCUACUAAUUCAAAACAUUAAAUGUCUAAUUGUAAACUUUUUUUCAGUAAUUGAAUUUUAAUAAUUACAUUAAAAUCACCUUCCUGAAAGCCAUAUAGGGACUUAAAGCAUUCUAAAAUUACCUCUAUUCCUAUUUUUAUAGUUAAAUAAUUUGUAUGUACUCCUGAUCAAUCAAAUAUUUAUGGGUGUUUAAUUUUAAUCAACUUUUAGGAAGUAAUCACAGGCUACAUUAUAAGUUAAAAUUAUAUGAAUGAAAAGAUCAUCAUUGUUGACGCAGCUGUUUACUGUUCACUGGGUUCAGUCAAUUUUGUAAUUUGAGAUGGUUUAUCUUAAAAUACAUUUUCUUCAUAUUUUGAAACUGACACAGAAAACAAUCUCAAGAUAAAUGGAAAUGAGUCUACUUUGUUCUCAAUUUGCUCUUCUCUCCUUAGCAGAAAUGUUUAUUUGUAAAACAGAAUCAACCCCACCCCUCAGCCCAGUUCACCAGUGGGUUUAUUUCUUAAAUAAGAUAUUACUAAUGUAAAGUGUUUUCCUAGGGUUAAGAUUAGUUAUAAAUCAACCUUCCAGUUUUUCCUAAUCUAUAAUAAUUUAUAAAGGCAAUUUUAAAAAUUCCCCAUAUAAAAACACAAAUAAGGCUAAUAUUCUAGGCAUUUUAAUGAUAGCUGCAUAUGCAGGGAACUUAUAUUUUCAAAUCCCUGUAGUGGUGAAUCUUCACGAGUGAGAUUUUGAUGUGCUCACCAUGCUUUAGGAUUUGAGCACGAUGAUAUCAGUUGAUUUUGACUUUGCUAUUGCUCUCUGUAAGGACAUUAUGAUGAUGCAAUUAGGAUUAAGAAAGUUGAACACCAUUUGUAAAGUUUGGUCUUCAUUAUACAGUGUUACAUAUUUCUCUCUUAAAUCAGAUUUUUUUCUUAAGUUUCACAGGGAGCCUCAAAGCAUUUCUGCUUUUCUUUGAAUAAUUUUGUGUACAUGAAAUAAUGUUGGGUUAUAGUCACAAAAUUGAAGUACAUAUAGUGAGCUUAUACAAAUUAGUUGCUCUGAGAACUUCUUUGUAUAAUUUUAAUAAGCGUAUUGUUUGGCAAAAGAAUUUCAAAUCAGAUGUAUUUUUGGAGCAGUGCUUUUUGCCAACAAUUUUAAAAGGGAUCUUACAUGUACGUAAAUAUUUUAUGAAUGAACUUGGUAUUUCGUAAAAAAAUUAUUUGUAAUAAAUAUCCUAUGGUCUUGUCACCAUGUAGCCAUUUUGAAUUUUACUGACACUCCUCAAACAAUCACUUUAGAUGUUUUCACAAUUGCUACCAUUUACUACUACUGCAUCUUUUAUGAGGCAAUCUACACUCAUCAUUUAAAGUCACAGAAAUGAUUAAAUUAGACAUGUUACAAUCCGUUCUCUUCUUGACCUGUGCCUGAAAUUAAAGCACAUUCUAGUAUUGCAGAAGCAAAGACUGGAUGAUCCAUUAACACUGGAGAUAGUAGUAAAAAAAAAAAUGAAAUAAAACUUAAAA